GGAAAUAGAAAUGCUGGAGGAAAUGGAGGGAAAUGGAGCGAUUCCCCAGUCCAGUGAUGUGCUCAGAAAGAUCAGAGAGCUCACGAAAUCUAUAGUGAUGGAUCUCAGCCGAGGACGCUCUCCGACUCUUUCGAUCGACCGCUUCAAGAACUACUGCACUCGUCCAAUGGGGAAAUGCUGCUGCAGCUUGGAUUUUCCACUCGGGAGGGAAAUUUUGACUCUUCAGAGAGAAUGCCAUGCGCGCAGGCUUGAUGUCCUGCUAAGGGUGCUUCUGAUUGUUCAGCAACUCUUGCAAGAAAACCGGCAAGGGUCCAAGAGAGAUAUUUAUUACAUGCAUCCCUCUGCUUUUUCAGAGCAGCCAGUGGUCGAUCGGGCAAUCAAUGACGUCUGCAUCAUUCUACUGUGUAGUCGCCACAACUUAAAUGUGGUUUCGGUUGCAAAGGGGUUGGUGAUGGGCUGGUUAAUUUUUACUGAGGCUGAGAGAAAGUUUGAUUGCAUAGCUAGUCUUAAUACUGCCCACUCUGUUCCUGUGAAUGUGGAAGAACUUAAAGAUGUUACAAGUUCUGCCCAGUACAUUCUAGUUGUGGAGAAGGAAUCAGUCUUUCAGCGACUAGCAGAUGACCGCUUCUGCAGUGCGAAUCGCUGCAUUGUCAUUACAGGAAGAGGUUACCCAGAUGUUCCCACGAGAAGGUUCUUGAGGCUCCUAAUAGAGAAGUUGCACUUGCCAGUUUAUUGCUUGGUAGAUUGUGAUCCAUAUGGCUUCGACAUUCUGUCCACCUACCGAUUUGGUUCCAUGCAAAUGGCCUAUGAUGCAAAACUUCUACGAGUCCAAGGCAUAUGUUGGCUUGGCGCCUUUUCUUCCGACUCAGAGAAGUACAAUAUUCCCAACGUGUGUCUCCUUCCCUUGACAGCUGAAGACAAGAAGAGGACCGAAGUGAUGUUGCAGAGGUGCUACUUACAACGAGAAGCGCCAGAGUGGAGAUUGGAGCUUGAGUUAAUGCUGCAUAGAGGAGUGAAAUUUGAAAUUGAAGCCUUGGCCGUACAUUCAAUUUCAUUUUUGUCGAAGGAGUACAUACCAUCUAAAAUCCACGGGAAAUUGUACAUCUGAAGAGAAGGCAGGAGUGGAGUUGCUUGAACAAUUCACUUUUGUUGUAAUUCCAAACAGAAUCUAGGCGACAUGCUAUAGAUAUUCGAAGGUGCUCGUUCCGUGUAA